AUGGACACGCCAUCCUCGUCGCGACCACCGUCGCCACCUCUGCGCACAGCAGAUAUGCCAACAACUGGUCUAGGGUACUUCUCCGUUCCGUUCGAACGAUUUGCGCGAGAUGAAAUCGCGGAUUGGGCGGGUGGAUUCACUUUACUCGACACAAUGGAAACCUAUUUCGAUUCGCGACUCGAUCUACUUCAGCGCCGAUUAUCGAAGCAAAGCGAGCGGUUGAAGAUUCGGGCAGAGGAAACUCUCAAUGAGAUGUUCAAGAAAGAUUUAUUCAAAAGGAGACCGUCAUCGAGUACAAGCCAGCAAUUUGAACGCGAUAUGCAGAAGUUCAAAGUAAAGGUUGUUUCAUCACGUCUGAUCUCCCUCGCGGCCGCCUGGCACACAGCGAACGUUGUCCGGACACGCGAAAAACUGACGUUCUUCUGGGGCGUGAUGUCUUUGCUAUUCACGUCCUUAAUGUUUGGCAUGGCGCCAGAGUGGAUACACGUCGCAUAUACUCUGCAAGCAGCAUACUACCUUCCCAUGCGGUUAUACUUGUACAAGAAGCGAGCAUGGCACUACUUUUUGUUCGACUUGUGCUAUUACGCCAACAUUCUCAAUUUUGUGUACAUCUGGUUUCUCCCCUCGAGCUCGGCCCUAUUCGUGGCCUGCUAUUGUUUAUCACAUGGAUCCCUUGCUUCCGCCGUGAUCACAUGGAGGAACAGUCUCGUUUUCCACGACUUUGAUAAGGUCACUUCGCUAUUCAUCCACGUCUAUCCGCCGCUUACGUUCAGUGUCAUUCGACACUUCUAUCCCAACGCGGAGCGCCGCUUCCCUGCCCUGUUGGAACUGGCGCACCUUCAGCCUAUGAGAGCGAUGCUAUUGAGCGGGAUCAUCUAUUUGAUAUGGCAAGGACUCUACUGGAAGUUUGUCCUCGUCGAUCGCCGGACCAAGAUUGAGUCUGGACAGCGUACAACUUCUCUUACCUUCCUGCUGAAUGACAGGCGAGGCGUGAUUGGCCGUGCGUUGGCUAGAGUUCCACGCCAAUAUCGGGAACUUGCAUUCAUGGCAGGACAGUUUGCGUACACUGUCCUGACAGAGCUGCCUGCCGUCUUCCUCCUCUACGACAGUUCAUUCUGGAGUGGUACAUUCCUCAUCUUCAUUUUUGCCGUCAGUGUCUGGAAUGGCGGCGGGUUCUAUAUUGAGGUCUUUGGCCGAAAGUUUGAGAAGGAGCUGGAAGCGUUACGCAAGGAACUUGCGGAUGCUACAUCUCGGUCUCAGGGAUCAAGUCCCAUCCUUGGCCCACAGAGCGAUGACGACCUGUCCACUGUUGCUGGAUCACCUGAUAUCGUAGCCAAGACUUUGUCUCCAGAGAUAUCCACUACGGAUCUACCCCUCGACACUCUUACGAAAGCCAACGGACACACUCAGUAG